GCGUUAUAGUGUGGGAAGCAUCAAACGCUUCCUUCCUGCUUUCUUUCACUCUCACUCAUAGAAAGGCAGGGAAACAUGUGGCUGUAUCUGCUCCUGCUGCUGCUCCUGCUCGUCAUUCUUGGGAUCCCCGCUUUUAUUUACUUCUAUCUUAUUCAUGGUUCAGGGAAGAACCCCUUUAGCCAGCUGAUUCUGCACUCCCCCGAACCAGUAGUUAUGGACCCAGAAGUGCGCAAAAAGGUCCUCAAGAGAGGUUUCUCACUGGAUGCAGUGCCAUCCAACCUAGAUGCCAUAGUGAUUGGAAGUGGCAUCGGAGGCCUGUCUGUGGCCGUGGUCUUGGCAAAGGCUGGGAAACGGGUUCUGGUGUUAGAGCAGCAUGGCAAGGCCGGAGGAUGCUGUCACACCUUUAAACAAAAAGGCUUUGAAUUUGAUGUCGGCAUUCAUUAUGUGGGAGAGGUGCAUGAAAACAGCAUGACAAGGAUGAUCAUGGACCAGCUCACCAAUGGACAGCUUGAUUGGGUUCAAUUGGAAGAUCCCUAUGAUGUUAUAACCCUUGGGAACAAAGACUACGAGUUGUACUCUGGGAAGAAGGCCUUUGUGGAGGAAUUGGAGAGGCAGUUCCCAAAGGAAAAGGAGGCCAUCGAAAAAUUCAUGAGGCUGUCUUCGAUUGUUAGGCGGCAUAUACCUUUGCUGGCCAUCCUGAAGAUGAUUCCCAUGUGGCUGUCUGCAUUCCUGAUCCAAUGGGGCCUUGUUCACUUGGUCUCACCUGUUUUCAGGUUGGCAACUUCCAGCCAAAGCAAGAUUGUGGAGCAGCUAACCACCUGCCAGGACCUGCGAGCCGUCUUCAGCUACUUCUUCUAUGGAGUUCCUCCCAAAGAUUCCAGUUUCCUCAUGACAAGCCUGCUGGUCCGUCAUUAUCAACGUGGUUCAUGGUACCCAAAAGGGGGGCCCAGCGAAAUCCCUUUCCACAUGAUUCCCAUGAUUGAGCGAUCCGGAGGCACCGUGCUCAUGAAGGCCCGCGUGACUGAGAUCUUGCUCUCGGAGAGCGGUGCUGCUAUAGGAGUGAGCAUAGAGAAGAAACAUGGUGGCGAUGUAAAAGUGUAUGCUCCUGUGGUGAUCUCAGAUGCCGGCCUGUUCAAUACCUUUGGGAAGUUGCUGCCUCCUCAGAUCAGAAGCAAACCAGAGAUCCAGUCCCAACUUGGCUUGGUUCAACACAGCAUGGGGUCCUUCAUCGUCUUUGUAGGCCUUCGAGGGACGAAAGAAGAGCUUGGGAUCAAGUCGUCUAACUACUGGAUUUAUCAACAUAAUGACCUAGAUGGCAUUGCUUCAAAAUAUGCUACCCUAUCUAGAGAAGAAGUGAGUGCUCACCUCCCUAUGGUGUACGUCACAUUCCCAUCAGCCAAGGAUCCUAUAUAUGAAAAAAGGCACCCAGGUCACUCUUGUAUGAUCCUUAUCACCAUGGCUCACUACAAGUGGUUUGAGGAAUGGUCUGAAGGCCGUGUGAGGAACAGAGGGGCUGACUAUGACGCCUUCAAGAUGGAGAUUGCCCAGCAGCUCCUAGAUGUGGCUCUGGCAAAGUUCCCUCAGCUCAGUGACAAGAUAGACUUUAUGGAAGCUGCCUCUCCACUCACCAACCAGUACUAUCUAGCUGCUCCUCUGGGAGAAAUGUAUGGAGCUGAGCAUGAUCUGUGCCGCUUUGAUCCACUGGUUAUGGCUGCCAUGAGACCCAAGACUCCCGUUCAGAAUCUCUACUUAACAGGACAAGAUGUCUUCUGCUGUGGCCUUGCAGGUGCUCUGAAUGGAGGCUUGCUUUGUGCCUCUGCUGUGCUUGGACGCAACAUUUACUUGGACCUUCUCAAACUGAAGAGGAAGCUGAACACACUGAACCACAAGAAAGAGGCCUAGUCAUCUCAACUGGAGCUACCCUCUCAAAAACCAACCUAUUACACGUUGGUCCUAGGAACACAAGGCCUAUCUAGUCCAUGGUCUUGGUUCUCCUAGUAGAGAAUUGGAUGCCUUAAGAAAGCCAAUGUUAGGCCUUGAGGAAACAGCUCUCCUGUGCUGUUCUUCUCCACUAUUUGGUGUUCAGAACUGCACAGCCUCUUUAUCGUGCAGGUAAUACAUACCCUGUUUUCUCCAAAAUAAGACCUAACCUGAAAAUAAGCCCUAGUAUGAUUUUUCAGGAUUAUCGUAAUAUAAGCCCUACUCCAAAA